AUGGCUCAACGCAUCGUGUCAAAGUUCAAAAGACGCUCCAAGAAGACUACCAGCGACAUCUAUGUACCACUCGAUGCCAAAUCGCGUACGAUCCGUGUGCUGCAUCUCCAACCCGGCACCUGGGAAGAUGAUGUCUGUGCGGAGCUCCAAGUAGCCUCCAUUGCACGGGUCCGAAGGCGUUAUAUCACCAUCUCGUACACGUGGGGUUCUGAAGGUGUCGCCCGUCAAGUACUGAUAUCAUGCAAUGGAAAACCUGUUCCAAUCUCCCGGAAUCUAUUCACGGCUCUGCGCAAACUUCGACGGCCUGACCAUACAGUUCUGCUUUGGGCUGAUGCUCUGUGUAUAAACCAAGCAGAUCCUCUGGAGCGUACUCAACAGGUGGGCAUGAUGGGUGAAAUAUACAGCAACAGUCGCGAGACGGUUAUUUGGCUAGGCGAACCAAUGCCUAAUGAGGAAGCUGUUGCCUGCUUCUCGAACGAUCCUACUUCUAGAAUAGCAUGGAAAGGUGAUUCAAACGAUCAUUUGCUACGGAAUACGUUCAUCCUCGAUUUCGAGGGUUCGUGCACAUCAGAGCAAUCCGCUGCUUCUGCAGUGUCUUCGACACGUCCAGGGCCGGACAUCUUUGGUGCGUUUUGUUUGAUCCAGGAUUUUGCCGAAGGUACUUUGUAUCCUCUACUUAAAUUACUGGACCGCAACAAAGCCACUAUAUUGGAUCAGAUCGAACAUCCCAGGAGGCAUGCAUUCACAGUCACAAACGCCCAUUGGCGUCAACUGCUGUCUCUUAGGGUAUGGGAAGGUCUCGCAAAGUUGAUGAGCAUGGCUUGGGUGCCUCUCUCCGAUCUCAUCAUCUGA